AUGGCGCCGCCUGUGCCGCUCCGCCGCCUGUGCCGCUCCGCCGCCAACGGCCGCGCCGCCACCCCUCCUCCCACCCGACGUGGGGAUCUCACCCCGCCACGCCGGACCGCCGCCGGCCGAGGAGCACCUCCCGGCCGCACCUACCCGUGCGGGCGCCGCGCCGAGAGGGAAAGUCGAGGGCCGCCGGCGCCGGCGCCGCCCGGGCCUUGCCCGGCGACGCACGCCGACGACGGCGGAGGAGAAGGGGAGGAGGGGGAGCUAGACGAGGGGGAGUGGCGGCGCGGCCCCGUGAAUCCACUGUCAGGGACUAGUAUGGGGGACCUGGACGCCAACUACGCCACCUGCUCCCGCCUCACCAAGGAAGCUGCUGCCGCCGGAGUGAAAUUUCUCUGCUUCCCUGAGGUCUUCUCAUUCAUAGGAUCCAAGGAUGGAGAGUCGGUUAAGAUAGCCGAAUCAUUGGAUGGCCCAAUAAUGCAGAGAUACUGCUCACUUGCAAAUGACUCAAGUAUGUGGUUGUCUCUUGGAGGGUUUCAAGAGAAAGGGCCGGAUGAUUCACACCAGUACAAUACUCACGUAUUAAUCGAUGACUCUGGAAAAGUUAGGAGCUCAUAUCAAAAAAUACAUUUGUUUGAUGUCGAUGUACCUGGCAAUAUGGUGUAUAAGGAAAGCCGAUUCACGACAGCAGGUGAUACUGUCGUUGCGGCGGAUAGCCCUUUUGGACGAUUGGGGCUUACGGUUUGCUAUGAUUUGAGAUUUCCAGAGAUUUAUCAAUGUUUGCGUUUUAAGCACCAAGCACAGCUCUUGCUUGUACCAUCUGCGUUCACAAAGGUAACCGGGGAGGCACACUGGGAAAUUCUUCUUCGUGUUCGUGCAAUCGAGACAAAAUGUUAUGUUAUUGCUGCGGCUCAAGCUGGAAAACACAAUGAGAAAAGAGAAAGCUACGGUGAUUCUAUAAUUAUUGACCCAUGGGGAGUAGUUAUAGCUCGACUUCCAGAUCGACUGUCCACUGGAUUUGCAGUAGCAGAUAUCGACUUGUCAAAAGUUGAGGCUGUGCGAACCAAAAUGCCAAUUUCCGAGCAGCGCAAGUUUGACAGCAUCUUGAAAUCCUCAUCAUUGUAACUGCCACGCUUAUUAGAGUCGUCACUAUCAUCUUAUGAGAGAACUGGCCUUGCACGGUUCGCGCUCUUUUCCACAUUCCAGAGAUUCUUCUUGUGUGUAACUGCCAUUUUGUUGAGAAAAUGAUCCAAUAGUUCCAUUACCGACUUCAGU